AUGUCAGCCGACACACUCUCACUUACAGGAAAGUCUGCUGUGGUUACAGGUUCUGGUAGAGAGGUUGGCAUCGAUGCCGCUAUUGCUAUAGGUUUGACCCGGAACGGCGCGUCUGUAGCAAUUCGUUAUGUGUCGGAAGGCUCCAAGGCGCGGGCUGAGAAGGGAGCGAUUGAUAUCAAUAAAGAUUUUGGCACCAAAACCACCGUCGUAUAA